AUGGAGGAGGAGGGCACGGCCACAGGCCACGGCGGGCAGUGCUCCAUCAACGUGCUCAACCUGAGGGUGUGCGCCAACGUUCACGGCGGACUGCUCGGCCUCAAGAUCGGUGUUCCGGAGCACGACCAAUGCUGCCCGCUGCUCCAGGGGUUGGCCGACCUGGACGCCGCCGUCUGCCUCUGCACCGCCGUCAGGGCCAACAUCCUCGGUCUCCACCUCAACGUGCCUGUGGACAUCAGCCUCCUCCUCAACCACUGCGGCAAGACGUGCCCGUCCAAUUUCAUUUGCCCAGCCCAUUAA